AUGUAUUUCACAUACGCUGCUGCUGCUGCGCUCUCUGCAGUGCUUCCUCUCGCCGCUGCGCAGACCUACACCGACUGCAACCCCCUCGAAAAGACUUGCCCUGCUGAUACGGCCCUGAGCUCCUCUACUUUUUCUUCCGACUUCACCCAGGGCGAAUCUUCCUUCGCUGGAUGGACUGCCACUGCUAACAACGUCACCUUUGAUGAGAAUGGUGCUGCGUUCACUAUCAACCAGAGGGGCCAAGCUCCCACCAUUCAGACCAACUUCUACUUCUUCUUUGGCAGAGCUGAAGUUGUCAUGAAGGCUGCCAGCGGUACUGGUAUCGUCAGCAGUAUUGUCUUGGAGUCGGACGACCUGGAUGAGGUUGACUGGGAAGCUCUGGGCGGUGACACUACCCAGAUUGAGACCAACUACUUCGGCAAGGGUGACACUACCACCUAUGACCGUGCUACCUGGGUUGGAAUCUCUUCUCCUCAGGAGAACUGGCACACUUACACCGUCGACUGGACCGAGACUGCUCUGAACUGGUACGUCGAUGGCAACCUGGUCCGUACUCUGGCCUACAACGACGCCUCCAGCGGCACUCGCUUCCCCCAGACCCCCAUGAACCUGAGAAUCGGUAUCUGGGCCGGUGGUGACUCCGACAACGCCGCUGGAACCAUUGAAUGGGCUGGUGGUGAGACCGACUACAGCCAGGCUCCUUUCACCAUGUACGUCAAGUCUGUUUCGAUCACCAACAACAACCCUGGCUGCAGCUACACCUACGGUGACAAGACCGGUAGCUACAGCAGCAUUGUUGUGAACAAGGACGGCUGCGACGUCACUGGUGGAGCCUCCUCCUCUGCUGCUGCCUCUUCCUCCACCUCCGCCGCUGCCUCUUCUGCCUCCUCCGCUGGUUCCUCUGCCUCCUCUGCCUCGGGCGCCGGUUCUUCCACUGGCUCCUCCACUGGUGCUUCCGUCAGUGCCAGCGCUACCGGUGGUGUCAUUGGUAACAGCGCCGGAGUUGGUGCCCUUGUCUCGGCUGCUGCUGCUUCCACUCCCGCUGCCGCUGCUUCCUCCGGUGUGGUUGGUGGCGGUGCUGGCGGUGCUGGUGCUGCCGCCUCCUCUUCCGCCGCUGCCGCUUCUUCCUCCGCUGCGGCUGCCGCCUCCGCCUCUGCCAGCGGUCUCUUCACCGGUGCCGCCUCCACCGUCACCACUUCCGUGGGCGCCAUGCUCCUCGGUGUCUUCUCCGCUAUGCUGUGCUUGUAA